UUUAAUAGAACUAACUGUUUUUAAGGUAGACUUUCCUGUUCCGCAUAAACACAACAAACAUUCGUAAACAGGUUUCUUUUGUGGUGUCGCGUUUAAAUACACUCCCACUGUGGCUUUUAAUCCUGGUCUUGAAGGUGGUCACAUGACAAAGACAAAUGUUGACUUCAGAGUAAAGAUAGCGGCGACGGAUAGAGGACCACGUGGCACGGGGCGUACUUUAAAUAACGACGAGCUACCCAGGUGUGCAGUCAUUCUCUGCCUGCAUGUUGAAGCGUCCAUCAUGUUGAGGACGUUUGUAAUCGCCGCCCUUGUGGCCGGCAUCCUGGCAAAAGAUACCUAUGUAGUCGUUGCGCCGUCCAAGAUGCGACCUGGCAUGGACUUGAGCGUCAGCGUCAACAUCCUCCACGCCACCGCCGACGUCUCUGUCACAGCCUCCGUCGUCCGCACCAGCAACAACUCCGAGAUCGUUUCUGCCACCAAAACCUUCCGCGAGGGUCACCCUGGAGCAAUUGAUCUUCAGAUACCCGAUCAUCUGACGGGCAGCGGCUAUGAGCUGCAGGUUUCCGGUUCCGGUGGCCUGACCUUCGCUAACAAGACGACCCUGGCUUUCUCUGCAAAGUCGAAAUCUAUCUUUGUACAGACUGACAAGGCCAUGUAUAAACCUGGACAGACAGUUAACUUCAGGGUGUUCGCUGCCUACCCGGACCUGACGCUGUACACGGGUCCGAUAGACAUCGAGAUUUUUGACCCCAACACCAACAAAAUCAAGCAGUGGCUCGCAGAAUCAGCCACCGAUGGGGUCAUCACCAAAGAACUGGAACUGUCAACCCUGCCGGUCAUGGGUGAGGAAAUCAAGGCCACAGCCGAUAGUUCCUCAGAAGAGAAAGUAUUCACUGUCGCAGAAUAUGUGUUGCCCAAGUUCGAGGUGAGUGUGGAGUUGCCGUCCUAUGUACUGACUACUGCAGAGUCCAUCCCUGUCUCCGUGACGGCCAAGUACACUUAUGGACAGCCAGUGGCGGGACCGGUCGUUGUUGAGGCCAAGCUGACCAAUGCUUACUAUCAGCGAUAUGGGGCGCUGUUCAGCAGACAAUCCAGCUGGACAGUGAAGGAAAGGCCAAGAUCGUCUUCCCAUGCGGAAAUUCGUCGCCUGAGCAACAACGCGGUGUACGCCGGCGCCAUCAACUUCACGGCCAACGUGACGGAGACGUUGACUGGAAUCACACUCAGUGGAUCCUCCGAGGUCACGGCCUACACCCAGCCCUACAAGCUGGAGUUCCUCUCUUCCAACCCCAAGACCUUCAAGCCUGCUCUUGAAUACACAGCAUACCCGGACGGCCAGCCGGUCAGUAACGGCGGCAAGACGGCCACCCUGAGAACCACGGUGACGGCCCAGGUGGAGCAGAAGACCACACCCUACCCCUACUACUACCCCCAGACCACCAACUUUGACCUGGGCCCCAAAACCCUCACAGUCCCCGACAACGGUCUCAGCCUUCGCCUGUCCGUGCCCGCCAACGCCACCAGCCUCAACAUCCACGCGGAGUAUGGCGGGGUCAGCGUGUACUCCAAUGUCGAGAGGAGCUACUCUCCCAGCAACAACUACAUCCAGCUUUUCCUUCGCACGACUACCAGACUCCAGGCUGGUGGCCAGGUCGACUUUGAAGUCAGGUCAACAGAGCCAAUCAACGAUAUGGUUUAUCAGAUACUCUCCCGUGGGUCCAUCGUGUCCACCGGCAAGGUGUCCGCGGGUGGCGUGACCUCGUUCCUGUUCUCGACCCCCGUGACCUCUGCCAUGGCUCCCAACGCCCGCAUCGUGCUGUACUACGUGAGGUCCGACGGCGUCGUCACCGACUCCAUCAGCUUCGAUGUGGACGGAGCCUUCAAGAACCAGGUGUCGGUGAGUGUGGACAGGGUCGAGGCUCAGCCAGCAGAAAACGUUCAGGUGAAGGUGACGGCCACGCCUCGCUCCACUGCCUACCUGCUCGCCGUUGACCAGUCAGUGCUGCUCCUCAAGUCUGGAAAUGACAUCACACAGGAGCAGGUGAUCGGAGAGCUGAAGACAUACGACACCAUUGAAACAGCAAGUUCCCCUUACAUUGAUGUCCUCCCGUUCGGCGCCAUUGCUCGGCGGAAACGUAUGAUUUGGUUCCCCUUCCCGAGAUACUACGGCGGAAGUGACGCCAACCAAAUCUUCAAGAAUGCCGGAGUCGUGGUCAUGACGGAUGCUCUCAUCUAUCAAUAUGUCAAGCCAUACUAUCCUAUUCGCUUCUUUGGUGGCUUCCGCCCAGGUAUCAACCCCCUGAGACUAAUGUCUGUCAGUAAUGUGCAACCAGUCUUGCAAGCCAAGCCUUCAGUAGUGGAGUCAAGUGUGGGACAGCAGGACCUGCAGGAGGUGGAGCGAGUGAGGCUUUUGUUCCCAGAAACAUGGCUGUGGACCAGUUCCUCUACUGGACGGAUGUCCAAUGUGCGAAUUCUUGAUACCGGGCAUGGCUUUGCCUCCUGGAAUGGCUGCUGGUUCUGGACUGGUUCUGGCAGUGUUAUCUCCUCUGACAAGGAUGCUCUUCAGGAAGUGGAGCGUGUUCGUGACGUAUUUCCGGAGACGUGGCUGUGGGCCAACGCAAGGACCAGUGCUGACGGCACGGCCACACUCAACACCACGGUGCCGGACACCAUCACCUCCUGGAUCAUCUCCUCCUUCGCCGUCAGCCCCACAGCCGGGCUGGGUGUGGCCAGCACCACUGCUAAGCUGCGUGUUUUCCGCCCGUUCUUCGUGUCCUUGAACUUACCGUACUCAGUCACCCGUGGCGAGCAGGUCGUCGUGCAAGCGAUCGUCUUCAACUACAUGGAUCAGGACAUGGAUGUACGAGUGACAUUGGGACAAUCACAGGACUUCUUCAAUCUGAUCAUCGACGACAGCGGCAAUGAAGAUAUGCGUCACGAGGACCAGGCCUUCACAGUUCGCGUUGCGGCCGGACAAGGCAAGUCUGUCUACUUCCCCAUUGUGCCUGCAAUCAUCGGCUACCUCGACCUCGUCGUGUCCGCCCAGUCCACCCGUGCUGCAGACGCCGUCCGCAGACAACUUCUGGUGAAGGCCGAGGGCGUGCCCAAACAGAUCAACAUGGCAGUUCUGGUGGACCUGAAGACCAACCACUCUUUCUCCAAAACCGUCCCCAUCUCCCUCCCUCCCAACAUUGUGGCCGACUCCAAGCGUGCACGUGUCACCGCCAUCGGUGACCUGAUGGGCCCGAGUGUCAACGGCCUGGACAAGCUGCUGACCAUGCCCACGGGAUGCGGCGAGCAGAACAUGAUCGGCAUGGCCCCCGAUGUCUUCGUCUACUCCUACCUGUCGGCUACACACCAGCUCAGCUCCGACAUCCAGGAGAAAGCCAUCAAAUACAUGGAACAAGGUUACCAGCGGGAGCUGACAUACCAACACAAAGAUGGUUCAUUCAGCGCUUUUGGAGACCAGGACAGUUCCGGCAGCAUGUGGCUCACGGCAUUUGUGGCCAAAUCCUUCCACCAGGCACGCGCUUACAUCUUCAUCGACGACAAGGUGCUGGACCGCGCCAUCAAGUGGAUGGUGGAGCGACAAGCUGCGGAUGGUUCUUUCCCAGAACCCGGCCGUGUUAUCCACACCGACAUGCAGGGAGGCUCUGGCAGUGGCCCUGGCCUGACCGCCUUUGUACUCAUCUCCCUGCUGGAGAACAACGACCUACCUCCUGCCGUGAACAGCCUGAUUGAAGGGGCAAAGUUGAAGGCCAUUUCUUAUUUGAAGCAAAACCUCCACACCAUCACAGACGACUACCUGCUGGCCAUGACCACCUACGCCCUGACCCUUGCUCGCGAUCCCAGUGCUGAAACGGCCUUCACCCGUCUUCCAGGAGCACGCCAUUGUCAAGGGUGGGGCAUGAAGUACUGGCACAAGGAGACAGGCACGAGUACAAGCACCACCCGGUACUGGCAGAACCCUCAGGCAGCUCGGGACGUGGAGAUGACAGCCUACGCCCUGCUGAGCUUCGCGGCUUCCAACAAGUUCGUCGAGGGUCUUGAUGUCAUGAAGUGGGUCGCCUCCCAGCGCAACCCCAAUGGUGGCUACUCUUCCACUCAGGACACCAUCCUGGCCCUACAGGCCCUGUCCGAGUUUGCUCGUCUGGCCUACUCCAACUCCUUCAACGUGGAGGUAGCAGUGCUGGCCAACGGUUUCUCUCGCAACUUCUCCAUCAGCCAGACCAAUGCCCUCGUCCUGCAGAGCGCCGAUCUUCCCUCGAUCCCCAGUGAAGUAACCGUGGAAGCUACAGGAUCUGGCUUGGCCCUUGUGGAGAUCGCAGUGUUCAUCAACGUGGAGGCCGAGGUUGAGGAGCCGAAGUUCGAGAUGACAGUGAAGCUGGUGGAAGACACCAUCAACCUUCUGCGGCUGGAGACAUGCGCCAGGUGGCUGGCGAGCGGGAAGAGUGGCAUGGCUGUACAGGAGGUGGGUGUGCCCUCGGGUUUUGAGAUCGACAAGGACACGUUGAAGUCGGCCACAGCCAUCAAGCGCACGGAGACUCAGGACAGCAAGCUGGUCCUCUACUUCGACGAGAUCGGCACUACACCUGUGUGCGUGACCAUGAACGCUGUGAGGACUGGCAUGGUGGCCAAGUCCAAGCCCGUGGCCGUGAGGGUGUAUGACUACUACGAACCUGGUAACCAAGCAACGGCUUUCUACGAAUCUAUCCGUCUGAAGAGCUCCUCUGUGUGCGACGUCUGCCAGGAAUGCAGCUGCCCGGCAUCCAGACGCCGAUAAGGUGGAAGCCCUGCGAGGUGCAGAACUACGAUCCACUCUGUGGAAAUGUCAAUUUAAUGUCAAUGUGUGUUCGUGUGUCAAUCGCUCUUGUAAAAGAAGAAAGAAUAAACUGUCAAUAAAUAAAAAAAUUGU